GUGUACUGCAGUAUUCACACUGUGUGUACUGCAGUAUUUACACUGUGUGUACUGCAGUAUUCACACUGUGUGUACUGCAGUAUUCACACUGUGUGUACUGCAGUAUUUACACUGUGUGUACUGCAGUACUUCCUGUGUUUUCUGACUGAGUCCAGUCUGGAUCUGCAGUCCGGGUCAGGCUCUGGGUGUGUCCACAGGCUGGUCCAGGACCUGCUCCCACUCAUCAACCCGUCAGUCUGCAGACACGUGACCCAGAUCCUCCACAGCUGAGUCCUUCAGCCACAGACCGCCACGGACCCUCUGAGACCACAGACCCCUACAGACCCUCUGAGACCACGGACCCUCUGAGACCACAGACCCUCUGAGACCACAGACCCCCACAGACCCUCUGAGGACCAGCUGGAUUGUGUCGGCUCUUUGUUUGUUUGUUUGUUUGUGUUUUUCAGAGGUAAACAGUGAAGUCAGGCUGCUCUGGUCCCCAUUGUGCUGGUCUCCAUGGUAACGGCCCAGCCUCCACCGCUGGUUUUGUUCCCGCCUCUGGCCUCUCUUUGAUUUCUUUCAACGGCUCGUCUCCAUUCAGCCGUCAGAACCGGCUGACCCGUCGGUGCUUCAGAACCGGGUCGGUCGGCUCGUCGCUGUUGUCUGUGGAUGGAGGCGUCGGCCACCGGAGCCCCCGGGAUGUCGGCUCAGCGCCGCCCCCGCUCCGCGAAGACUCGGAGGUGGGGGGGCCUGAGGCAGCAGUGGAAACUUCUGGGUCUGUUUGAGAUCGAUCAGAACCACGAGUUCUACGGGCUGACCUGCAUGAUGAAGGAGGGGCUGGCUGCAGCCAUCCAGAACACAGCCAGCUGCCCCCCCAUGUCCUUCACCAUGGAGACCUUUGCGGGGCCGGUCUUCUCCAGCCUGCGAGAGUCUUUGGGUCUGACAGAAGCUGAAUAUCAGGCGUCUCUCUGCUCAGAGAGCUGCUACCUGCAGUUCAUCAGUAACUCCAAGAGUAAAGCUGACUUCUUCCUGACAAACGACAAACGUUUCUUCCUGAAGACUCAGAACAGAAGAGAGAUCAAAUUCCUUCUGAGCAACCUGAAGAUCUACWUGGAGCACCUGAAGAAGUUCCCUCACUCUCUGCUCGUCAAGUUUUUAGGAGUUCACAGGAUCCAGAUCCCUCGCAGUCAGAAGAAAUACUUCAUCGUGAUGCAGAGCGUCUUCUACCCAGACGAUCGAAUACAGGCCAGGUACGACAUCAAAGGCUGUGAGGUGAGCCGCUGGACAGAACCAGAACCAGAGGGGAGCCAGAUCAUCGUGGUUCUCAAAGACCUGAACUUUGAGGGACAGUUCAUCAGUUUGGAGCGCCAGCGCCCGUGGCUCAUCCAACAGGUGGAGAUCGACACCAGCUUCCUGCAGAGGCUCAACGUGUUGGACUACAGCCUCCUGCUGGCCCACCAGCCGCUGCACCACGACGAGCGGCAUCAGAACCUGUCCUUCGCUUCGCUCAUCGUCAGAACCAAGAAGUCUGUGAACCCAGGAUCCAGUCCCAUCCACGCCGGCGUUCCUGGAGCGGUUCUGGAGGACGACGCUGCGCCGCCGCCAGAACCAGGAAGUGACUUCAAGUUGCGGCACGCUCCAGAUUCGACAGGCAGCUUCACGCACACAGACCCAGACCAGGCCGAGCUGCCGGACCUGAAGGCCCAGAACCGGCGCCUGCUGCCCAACCUGAAGAACCCGUUCCACGUGAUCGACGGGCCGGAGCAGCGCUACUUCAUCGGCAUCAUCGACAUCUUCACAGUUUACAGUCUGAGGAAGCGUCUGGAGCAUCUGUGGAAGAGUCUGAGACACCCGGGCCGCUCCUUCUCCACCGUCAGUCCACAGACCUACAGCCUCAGACUCUGUCAGUGGGUCCAGAACCACACCAAGUAAAACAAGUCCUGAUCAGGCCCAGGAGCUUCAAGCAAAACAAAAACAAAGGUUCCACUCCUCACAGCAUGAAUAAUGUGAUCAUCUGCUGGUUCUGUCGUGUUUUUAUUCAACAAAAACUGACCCAGAAUCUCAAAACUGGGUCCAGUCUCACUGGUUCUACAGGACCUGGGAGGUCCAGGAUCAGCUGCUGGUCCCCGUCAGGCAGAAAGACGUCAGCAAUGACCUCAGAGAGGCAGCUGCCCAUCAAUAUGAGAGGGGUCAAAGGUCAUUCAGAGUCCAUCACUCUGCAGAGAGAAAGCUGCUGCUUCACCCUGAAGGUCAGACCGUGCAGUGAGCUUAAAGGUCAAAGGUCAGACUCUACAGGUCUCUGGUGGAU